AUGGCGGACACGAAGAUUCAUGAGCCCGAGACGGUAUCUCAACAGUUGCACCUGCAGGAAACAUCUGUUCCAAUGGGAGGAGGACAUGUAACGAAGAUAUUUGGAGAUGUAGGGGAACCCAGUGAGAUGGACCUGCGUGAAGUCGAUCGUCUUCAAAGUCUCCCAGAAAGGCCGCGGGAGGAUACCACAGCGGAAGCUUUUCAACCGGAAGCAUCAUUGGCGUUGCCACCGUUAAAUGAGUCCAUGAACUUGGUGCUCACACGAAAAGUAAUACCGAGCUCAGUUGAAGCCCUAAAAGAGCUACCUGCUCAAGCACCAUACAUCAACCCGGACAUUAGCGAACUUGAAGAAGCGCUCAAAGAACUCGCAGCUCUAUCCAAAGAGGUCAAGGAUACUGCUAGCUCCGAGACAGUGUCGUACUUCGGCGACUACCGCGAGCGAACGAAUUCAGUGGAUGGAGCGAUAAAGCGCCAACGAAAAUCGGGAGCAAGAAGAGGACGGAAGGUUGGCUACAACUCCACCAAAACACCAAAUAUUUCCAGUCCUUCAUUGAUGGAUUUAUUCCGAUUGAGUUCAUUCAAUGCAAGCUCCAGGUGCAACUUAUAA